CAGACACUCAACACGAAGACACUCAGAAAAUAUUUAGAAGUACAUUUUCGUUGUUUUUACUUUUAUCACUUGCGAUAUUGUUCUAGUUUAGACAUGACGUGUACCAGAAGCUUGUAUGUUUAUAAAAGCACUUUUCGUUUUUUACGUUUUCGGGGUAUUGAGAUUAAAUAACCACAAGACUGUAUGUUCUAUAGCAGAAUAGAUUUAUAUCAGUGACAGGAUCUGUCUGGGACACAAAAAAGAACAAUAACUGGAGUUUAACCAGGAAGAGGAGAGCGCAAACACCUAUUGCUGCCACUUUUGUCCUCUGACUCGUCACAAAGACCGUUUGGGGGAAGCUGCACAUAUGGUUUUGAUCCAAAGAUGUUCUAGGCAAAGCAACAGGCAGGGAGUCCAAAUAGGUUCAAUAUUCUGGGGAGGGAGCCCUCUGGUGGCGAACAGAAGAGUCUGCAGGAACAUCGUGUGUUUGGUGUGGCUGCAGCUGAAGUGAAGUCUGUGUCAGUGAUGGAGGGAGAUUCUGUCACUCUACAUGUGGAUCCUACAGACAUACAAGAUGAUGUUCAGCUACAGUGGAAGUUUACGUAUAACAAUGCAGAUACUUGUUUAGCCCAAAUGCAUACACGCUACGGUUCAAGCUCUGUUUUUGAUAAUGUUGGUGACGGGAGAUUCAGAGACAGACUGAAGCUGAACAGUCAGACUGGAUUUCUGACCAUCACAAACAUCACAAACACAGACUCUGGAGUUUUUACUCUUGAGAUCAUCAGUGGCAGAGGAACUUCAUACAAGAGAUUCAAUGUUACUGUCUAUGCUCAUCUGCCUGUUCCUGUCAUCAUCAGAAACUCUUCUCAAUGUUCUUCAUCAUCAGGAAGAUCUACAGUGUCAAAAUGUGUGUUGUUGUGUUCAGUGAUGAAUGUGACACAUGUGAGUCUCUCCUGGUACAAAGGAAACAGUUUAUUGUCCAUCAUCAGUGUGUCUGAUCUCAACAUCAGACUCUCUCUACCUCUGGAGGUGGAAUAUCAGGAUACAAACACAUACAGAUGUGUGGUGAACAAUACCAUCACAAACCACACACAACAUCUACACAUCAAUGAUGUCUGUCAGUCUUGUUCAGGUUUGAAGGAGGCCCGUUCACACCUUAUUGCUAUAGUUGUAGCUGUGCUUUGGCUCUUGACUAUAGCAGCAGUAGCAAUCUGGAAGAACAAAAACAAGUUGAUAUCCACUACAGCAAGAUGUGGCUUCACCUACCAGAGCCAAAAGGCCCAGUUGGAUCACAGCUUUAGUGGAACUGAAACACCCGAAACAGUCUGAGAAGCCAAAAAAGUGUAAUGAGAGAUCUGGAAUACCAAGGUUCUUAUCCAUGUGUAGCUUCAAGACAGGUGACAAAUAAUCAUACUGAAUGUUUACUGUCUACUCUUGUAUAUUUCUUCAAUAUCAGAUAUCAAUCUAAGGUAAAUAAAUCUAGAAUACACUGACGCUCAGAAAUGUACAAAGUAAAUCUCUUCACAAAGUAGGAAGAGAGAGAAAUGAUGAGGUUAUGAGAAUCAGAUGUAGCAAUAAUCUGUAUGUGAACAAAAUUGUGGGAAAUGUAGAUGACAUCAGCAAAUACACCUGGUGAUCGAGGGAACAUCUUUCAUAACAGACUUAUGCUAUAAUAUUAUUGUGUACUAUUCUGGUUAACAUCUUACAUCAUCUACUUGUAUUUAUUCUCAUUUGGUCCUGUACUUAAAGUAACUUUUUUGUGAAUAUUGUGUAUUAUUAUUAUUAUUAUUUUUCAAUUUCUCUUUUCUACAUGAUCAAAAAUGCACUUGAUCGUUUAUAAUACGUUUAUCAAUGGUUCAAAUGUCCUGUAACUAGAGGAUGA